UGCCCGUACUCGGGCAGCGAUUGGUCCUGCCUGGCGUGGGCCCCGCCCUUGCAGCGGACUGCGGCGCUCCCCAGAUUUAAGCAAUUGCUGGGGCGCUGCUCCGGGAGGGAGCCAGGAAUUGCUAGACCUGCCUGGCUGGUACGGAGGCUAUACCCUUUUCUCAGCAGCCUGGAGGUCGAUCCCUGACCACCAUGGAGUUGCCUCUAAGCCAAGCUACCCUCCGGCACACACUGCUGCUCCUGCCAGCCCUCUUAAGUUCAGGUCAGGGGGAACUGGCGCCACAGAUUGAUGGUCAGACCUGGGCUGAGAGAGCACUUCGGGAGAAUGAGCGCCAUGCCUUCACCUGUCGGGUGGCAGGGGGAUCUGCCACUCCCCGAUUAGCCUGGUACCUGGAUGGACAGCUACAGGAGGCCACCACUUCAAGACUACUGAGUGUGGGCGGGGAGGCCUUCUCUGGAGGCACCAGCACUUUUACGGUCACUGCCCAGCGUGCCCAGCAUGAACUUAACUGCUCCCUACAGGACCCAGGGAGUGGCCGGUCAGCCAACGCCUCUGUCAUUCUCAAUGUGCAAUUUAAACCAGAGAUUGCCCAGGUCGGGGCCAAGUAUCAGGAAGGUCAGGGCCCAGGCCUUCUGGUUGUCCUGUUUGCCCUGGUGCGGGCCAACCCGCCUGCCAAUGUCACCUGGAUUGACCAGGAUGGGUCAGUGACUGUGAAUGCCUCUGACUUCCUGGUGCUGGAUGCUCAGAACUAUCCCUGGCUCACAAACCACACCGUGCACCUGCAGCUCCACAGCCUGGCACACAACCUCUCAGUGGUGGCUACCAAUGAUGUGGGUGUCACCAGUGCCUCACUUCCGGCUCCAGGGCUCCUGGCCUCCCGAGUGGAAGUGCCACUGCUGGGCAUCGUUGUGGCUGGAGGGCUUGCCUUGGGCACUCUAGUGGGGUUCAGUACCUUGGUGGCCUGCCUGGUCUGCAGGAAAGAGAGGAAAACUAAAGGCCCCUCCCGGCGCCCAUCUCUGAUAUCUAGUGACUCCAAUAACCUGAAACUGAAUAAUGUACGCCUGCCGCGUGAGAACAUGUCCCUCCCAUCCAACCUUCAGCUCAAUGACCUCACUCCGGAUCUCAGAGGGAAAGCAACAGAGCGGCCAGUGGCUCAGCACAGCAGCCGUCCAGAGCUUCUAGAAGCCGAGCAUGGUGGACUCCUCACCAGCCAAGGCUUCAUCCGUCUCCCGAUGUUGGGCUACAUCUACCGGGUGUCCAGUGUAAGCAGUGAUGAGAUCUGGCUCUGAGCUUGAGGGUGAGGCAUGAGGCCCAGGCGGCUUGUGGAUUCCCCAGAGCACCCCACUCCAGUGUCUCCUUCAAGCCUUCCUCUGCCUGGCCAUGUUGUGACCAUGAAGAAGCCAUGCCACUGCCACAUGGCCCUCCUGGUAGGGGUACCCUGUGGGUCAUGCAUGAUGGAUUUUAUUACACUCUAACCUGAAAGGCAUGGUCUAGCCUUGGCAAAACCAUUGGUCAGAGCUAGGCCCCUUGUACUCACUCAGUCUGGGGUCUUGCAUGUGAUAGCUGGGCCCAGGCAGAUGGAACCUGGUAUGUUCAGGUGUCACCCCACAUGUAAGAGGUUGGCCUACUAUGUGCUCCACACUGGUGUCCUCUGUACCUCAUACAGUAGGCAGAGGGAUGCUUGUGUGGGGGACAGGAGGGUCCCUGCACAGCUCGGAUGUAUGUCCUGCCUAUGCUAUGCAGCUUUUUCCCUCAGGGAAACUAUCCCCCUGCUAGUCGUAGAGAACCAGACUGCCCUUUGCUCAGGAACCGACCCCUUGCCCAGGGACCUGGCCAAGCACAAAUUAGCCCCUUUUGCUGCAUAUCUCUCUGCCCUUCUGUCCCCGUCUCCUCUUGGGCAUCAAAGGUCAUACACUAGACCUUCUUCUUCACUGGGCAUUAGACUUCCACUGGCUGGAGCCCCCGGGUGCCAGCCUCUGGUGUUAGCACAAGAUGAGCGGGAGGAGGGGACAGGUUGGCUGGCUCCCAGGACGGCGUGUAGCUAUGCAUCGUUUUAUACAAGUGUUCCCACUUUAAGCACAUUCCCCAGGGAAAGAAGGGCCCAUGGCUUUCUCAGGCUCCCCAUGUUUGGCCUUCAGCAAUUCACUGUGUUCUGAGCACUCAGGAUUAAUGGUUUCUCUCUCUGCAUGCCUCUCCCCCAUGCAGCAACAUCCCUGACCAGUCCCUGGCUGCCCCACCCUAUUUAGGAGAUGGUCACAGUGGGCAUGUAAGUCAACAGUGCCAGAAGAUUUAGGGACAUAGAGAAAUCAGGAACCCACAUAACCCCAAGGAGCUAAGAAUGCUUUUAAACAGCAACAUGUAAAUGACCGGAGAGCAAUAGAGUACAGAGUCUAUUUUCCCUUCUUGGUAUCUUGUUUUGUAAUUUUUCUCUUGUUACUGCUUCGUGCUGCACACACAGUAAACUACCUUGACUGAAUAAGUA